UCCGUCCUUCUCAGCGCAGGCGCCGGCUCCAGCCCCGGGCCGGGCGGCGCUUCCGGGUGGGCGCGUGGGUGUGCUCCGUGCCGGGCUGGGCUCCGAGCAGGCGGGUACCAGCUUCGAGAGCCCUGACGGAACCGCCGGCUACCCGCGCGCCGCGGGGCCCAGGUGAGUGCGCGCCCAGCUUUCCUGAAGAAUGGGGCAAAAAAAGCAGCGACUGUUGGAGGCCAAGCGGCAUCAGAGCCCGCCAGGUGCGACCCGGACAGCUUCCCCCAAGGAGCCCCGCUUGGGGCCACCCAUGACCCUCGGCCCCCAGCGCAGCAUCUAUUUCUCAAGCCUAAAGGGCCGCCCUGCUCGCCUGGGAUCAGAGUUUUUCGACCAGCCCGCAGUCCCCCUGGCACGGGCAUUUCUGGGACAGGUCUUGGUCCGACGGCUGGAUGAUGGCACAGAGCUCCGUGGCCGCGUCGUGGAGACUGAGGCAUACUUGGGGCCAGAGGAUGAAGCUGCCCAUUCGAGGGGUGGCCGACAGACCCCCCGCAACCGCAGCAUGUUCAUGAAGCCAGGGACGCUGUAUGUGUACCUCAUCUAUGGCAUGUACUUCUGCAUGAAUGUCUCCAGCCAAGGGGACGGGGCGUGUGUCCUGCUACGAGCGGUGGAGCCCCUGGGGGGCCUGGAGGCCAUGCGGCAGCUUCGCCACACCCUCCGCAAAGGCGCUGCCGGACGAGCCCUCAAAGACCUUGAGCUCUGCAAUGGUCCCUCCAAGCUAUGCCAGGCCCUGGCCAUCGACAAGAGCUUCGACCAGCGGGACCUGGCCACAGACGAGGCUGUGUGGCUGGAGCGGGGCCCCCUGGGGCCCAGUGAGCCAGCUGUGGUGGCAGCAGCCCGAGUGGGCAUAGGCCACGCAGGAGAGUGGGCCCUGAAGCCCCUGCGCUUCUAUGUGCAGGGCAGCCCCUGGGUCAGUGUGGUAGACAGAGCGGCCGAGCGGGACGCACAGGCCAGAGCAAAGGCCAGCCGGGAUGAGGAUUUUUAAUUGUUUAAAAAUGAAAUAAAUGCUGUGUUUAUAGAAAA